GGUGUUAUGCAUCACUAGACCAAGCGCCAUUUGACAAAAAACGUGAUGAGACCGUAUUCUGGUAGGGAAUGUUACAAAGUAUCUAAGAAAAAAUCACUGUUAUUGUCACGACAACGGUUCUUUGGUAAUAUUUGAAAAGACCAAGUGCCAUUUCAACUAAGUUUGAUUUUGUGUUUUGCAUCACGAAUCUAAAAGCCAACGUCUGGUAUUUAUUUCUGUAUCAUUAGACCAAGCGCCAUUCGUUGGUCUUUGGUCUAGUGAUGCAAAGCAGAUGGCGGCACUAAUUUUCAGCAGACCACAAUAAUGUUGGUUGUUGUGUUUUGUUUACAAAACGUAUCUCACAGUGUUUGAUUCUUAAAAUAAUGUGAAUAUAGUAAAAUAUUAUAAUGGAUCAAGAAUACGGGAUAUUCAAAUCAAGAACAAGACGAAUAUUUGAUAAUGCCAGGAAAGUUGCUGAUGAAUUUUCAAUAUUACAGAAAGAAGACCAGUCACUUUUACAUGAUGAGAAUGUUUGUUAUCAAGCCUUGGAUUCUUCAAGUUCUGGAAUUCUAAAUGUAAUACCUUCACCUUCAAUGGAUGAGCCUUCUCAAGAUGAGUCAGUUAACAAUAAGAAUCCUUUACCAGGUACACUAAGUAGUUCAAAUACUUCUAAUUUUAUUUUAAAAGACUGCCCAUCAACUUUUUUGGAUACAUGUGAACGCUACAAAAACCAGCAAGUUUCUUUUAAUACUGUUAGUACUGAACAAAGUAUGACAGUUUCACCAAACGACAGCAUAUAUUAUUUAUGUAUAGGCAAUAACUCUGAGCUUACCGAGCUUGUGCCGCUAACUUUAGAAGCACCUUCUACAAGUAAUUUGAAUAGUUCAUAUGUUACUGAAAUGGAAUCAUCUUUCAAAGUUAGUAUUGAGCACCCUUAUUGCUUAUCUAACGACAAAAAUUGCAAUGACAUUGACGUCAGUGACCAUUCCAAUAAAGCACGCCCAAAGGAAAAUGAUAUGCAUUUUGAAACUAUUGAGACAGCCAUUUCUAUCAAUGAAGAAAACAAUGCAAAUGAUAGGGAUGUAAGUGAAAUAUUAUGCCAUGUAACCAAUACUAUGGAUACUUCAGCCAGAUCAAGCAGCAAUUCUGAAGGUGAUAAAGAUCUACAAAAAUCUAACUGUAAUGUUGAUACAGUGACCCCAAUGGAUCCAGGUAUUACUAAUUCUAUGGACGAAAAUCAUUCUUCCAGUGGAAGACCCAAACGGGGAAGGAAACUGAAAUAUGAAAAUCAAAAUCGAACGAUGAGAAAAAAAUUGUGCAUUCAGAACAAAGAUUAUUAUACACAAAGAAAUAAGUUCAAAGAAGCCAAAGCGUUCCGUCAUUACAUAUGCAAAUGUAAAUGUUUAGAAAGAAUUGGAGAGGAAAAUGCUAGAAAAGAGUAUGAUAAGUUUUAUAAUGUCGAAUCCCAUGAUGCCCAACGUGCAUUGAUUUGUUCAAUGAUUUCAGAACUGAAAAUAAAACGGAAGAGAGUUAAAAAUUCUGACACACGGAAAUUCACCAGAGUGUAUAACAUGUUGGGAAAAGUUGUGUGUAAAACUUUUUUUUUGCAAACACUGUGAAUAUCAAGUUGCAAAGUUGAUUCUGCCUUAAAAAAUAUGAAACGCCCAGAAGGAGUUCGUGAUUGUCGCGGAGUAAGUGGUGGAAAAAAUAAAAUUGAUGAUGAACGUGUACAAGAGAUCAUUGAGCACAUCCAGAAAUUUCCCAAGUACAAGUCUCAUUACAGAAGAGCCGAUACAGAAAGAGAGUUUCUUUCUGAAGAUACCACGGUACAAAAAAUGCAUGAGUUGUACUCACAAGAAGUAAACAAACCAGUUACUUUGUCAUUUUAUAAAAAAAUUUUCCUAACUAGAUUCAACUUGCGCAGAAAAAAACUCAAAAAAGAUACUUGUAAUUUGUGCGAUCGUUUGGAAGUAGAAAUCAAGCAUUGUGAUGAUAAUGCAAAGUUGGAUGAAUUGAAAAAGGAAAAAUGUCAGCAUUUGGAAAAAGCUGAAAAUGCUCAAAAUAAAAGAAAAGAAGACAUGCUAGCAGCCAAGAAUAAUCCUGAUUUAGAAACUUUUUGUUUUGAUUUGGAAAAAACUCUGCCACUUCCCAGGAUUCCCACAAAUGUAGCAUAUUAUAAAAGACAGCUAUGUGUGUACAACCUUGGGAUUCAUAGUGGAAAGACUAAUAAAGGUCACUGCUAUGUUUGGAUCGAGGGUGAGGCUGGUCGUGGAGCACAGGAGGUAGGCAGCUGCCUUAGAAAACAUAUUUUGGAAAAUGUUACUUCUGCGAAACAUGUUAUUCUCUGGUCCGACUCAUGUGGGGGACAGAACAGAAACAUCAAAAUAGUUUUAUUACUUAAAACUGUAUUGGAAAAUCACCCCACUCUGGAAAAAAUCACAUUGCGCUAUCUUAUUCCAGGUCAUAGUUUUUUACCAAACAACAGCGACUUCGGAGAUAUAGAGUCAGCUUCAAAGUUGCAACAGCGUCUAUAUACUGUAGAAGACUACAUGAAUGUCAUGAAAAUCUGCCGCAAAAAGAAUGCUCUUAUUGUUCACAGAAUGAAAAAACAAGAUUUCAUUGGAACGAAAAAGAUAGAAACGCUCAUCACUAACAGGAAGAAAGACAUAGGAAAUGGUAAGGUAAGCUGGUUGAAAACCAGAGAAAUUGAAAUUAAAAAG